UCAUAUUCAUGUUUGUUUUCAGAUUAUGCCCAAAUCAAAGUCCCAUAAGGCUAUGAGAGACGAGGCAUGGAUGUCCCGCCUGCAGCUGUUUGCAUCCUCAGGGAAUUGGCCUUCUGAUGCUGGAAACAGACCUGCUCCCCGUCAGAGGAAAUGGUAUGACCUCUUUCAGCAGAUAAAGAAAUGCCCGAUGCAGAUUCCUGGACAGCCAUCGGUGAACUGCUUAUGUGGAUUCCAUUCGCACCGGGUCAGUGACAUUGUGGAGCUGUGGCACAACCUGUCUGAGCUCAAGAAACAGCAGAAGAGCUCAACAGCUUCACCUCUGCAGCGGUCUGAGCACUGCACCCUGAGGGAUGCCAUUUUACUCAGCUUUUGUAAGAUCUACAGGGGCCCGGGCAAAGAGGAGACGGUAUGGUCCCUGAUUUUACAGGAUUACUGUAAGAUACGCCAGCUGAUCCUGGCUAAUGCUAACCUGCGGCUGCUGGAUGUGAGUCAGAGCAGUCUGAUGCAGUGGCGUAAUCAAACCCAUGUUGCCGCAGAAAAACAAGCUACGCCGAAGAGGCCGCCAGUAGAUAUGACCAAAUUUUCAGCUUCCCGACCCAAGCUAGCAGCUCAAACCCAGCCUGUCUUCCAGCUUCUCCCUGGGAAGCCUUUGGGGACCCUCACUGUGGUUGCAAUUCCACAACACCUUGUUCCUCCAACCCCGGCCAUGCCUUUGUUCAUCCCCUCACCUCCUAACAUCGUCCCACCUUUGAGCAGACCUGGCUCCCAGCGUCCUGCCGCUGCCUCGGACACCUACAACAGGAAGGUAGAAGCCAACACCUGCAAGAAGUGCAGUGCGUUCAGGAUGGCCGCGACUGGACACAGUCAAUUUAGAGGCACCAUCUUCUGUGCCACGGAAACGCUGUCCAAAGAGCAGUGGCUUGAGAAAAUGAGAGGAAAGUAGAUUUACAGUGUGUUCUCUUGUAAUUAUCCUUUGCAUAUGUGUGAAUAUUGUUUGUGUGUGUGGUUUUAUUACAGUCAG